UGGACCGACAUUGCAGAAGACUACCGACUGACUGGUCUACAAAUAACCUUGCUUCAUAAAAAAAAACUACUCAUUAUUUGUAGAUCAGUCAAUCGUUCACCAUUUACCCACAAUGCAUCAUGGACGUGAUGCUCUCAAACACGGCCAUGGACUUUAAAGGCUAAGACAUGGUUGAAAGUGCAAACAAUUUCUGUAAGUAUUUGUCUUGAGUACGCAGCUGUCACAAGCCGAAUGAAACAGCUAACGUGGAAUCGUAGCCUAGUGUGUAAGUGGGGGUUGAUGUUGUAGUAGUCUGUCUCAAGGACGUGGAAAUAGCAAGACAAACUCCAGUAGCGAGCGAGAAGGGGACUCGGAUGAAUUGUUAGCUAACGUUACGGAUAGCUUAGAGUGGAUAUCAAGUAUGUCUUGACUACAAAAUACUUAUCAACAUAUCCACCGCAGUACACGAUUUUCAGGCCUCGUCCAAUGGAAGAUGGUGUAGCUAGUUCCAUAAUCUCUAAAACUCAUCUGACAGCUACGGCAAAAGGGGGAUAUUUUCUCGAUUGAAGGGAAUAUAUGGGAUCGCAAGUUUCAUCGGAUGAGAUGAGUGUGCGCGGGGGGCAGGGUAGUGACGAGGUGCUGGUGUCCCAGGCGGUGUGGGACUACCUGGCUGCCGCCGGCCAGCCCUGGCUCAUAGACUUUCAGGACAAGCAGGGCUUGAGCGCUGGCAUCAUCCGCCGAGGUGAGCGGGGAGGCUGCUGCGCAGUGCGGCUACGCCCCAUAGAGGGAUCCCGUUCUGGGGGAGGACCCGGGAUGAUGGAGGAAGGACCCAUCUCCAACGAGACCCGCAAGGCCUUCAUAGACUUAUGCCGCUGCGCCCGCAAAGAGAUGAGCAAACAGGAUGGGGGUCCUAAACGGAAGAGGUCCCUGUUGCCCUGCGUUGGGGUGGGGGUCCUGGAGGGGGAUGGAGAGGGGAGCCUGCUACCACCUCAGCCUCCCCAGCCCAGACGCUCUCAGAGGCAGCAACAGAGAUAUAAGAAGCCAGCGGAGGAAGAGGCCUGUGUGGUCCUUUCCAACUCCACGUCCCACAACGAAUCCGGACAGAGGAAGAAGGACAACAUGGAGGUCAGCUGCAGUAUGAUGGCCUCCUCUCAUAACCAAUCCCACAGUGAGGCAGAUGACUCCACCUCAUGUUCCAUCUGCAUGGGUGACAUGGUGGAGAGGACCACGCUGGAGAGGUGCGGCCACGCAUUCUGCCGGUUGUGUCUAGACCAGGCCUUCAAGGUGAAGAGAGCGUGUCCUGUGUGUCGUCAGGUGUACGGCCAGCUCAUAGGGAACCAGCCGGCUACCGGGUGUAUGAUGGUGGAGAGGGACCCAGAUCUGGAGUUGCCAGGACACGAGGGUUAUGGGUGUAUCUGCAUCAUCUACAGCUUCCCACCUGGUUUACAGGCGCCGGAGCACCCUAACCCGGGGGUGAGGUACCCUGGGACGGACCGUGUGGCUUACCUCCCAGACAGCCCAGAGGGGAACCGGGUCCUGGGCCUGCUCCGCCGAGCCUUCGAACAGCGCCUCAUCUUCACCAUAGGGACCUCCAUGACCACAGGAAUGCAUAACGUCAUCACCUGGAACGACAUCCACCACAAGACCUCCUUAUGGGGCGGACCACACUGCUUUGGAUACCCAGACCCCACUUACCUGGUGAGAGUGACUGAGGAACUCAGAGAGAAAGGCAUCGCUGCAGACUGACCGUACAGAUUCUAGAAUGAUUAUUCUAGGAACCUCUUGCUGCCCUGCUGCUGCUGGUGGUUGCUAGGCUGCAGUCUCCUGGACCUAGACCCAGCAGAGCAGCGGAUGAAUACGAGAUGUGACUGGGCCCCACAGCAGCCACAGGAGUACGGCCCAGUGGAGGCCCACAUAUCCCUACAAGACCACUUGAUGGGGUGACUCCUACCUUCCACUUCAGUCGAAUUUUCACUAAUCACUAAUUGAUGUCAAUUGGAGACCAUUUGACUUGGAGUGGAAGUGAACAUUUAUCUAAAGUGGAAUUUAGGAUUCACCCUUAUGUUCCUAUCCUCGUUAUCUAUCUUCCGAGUUCGGCUCAACCCAGCAGCACUUUGUGUUGAAGAAAACAUACAAAUGAGUGCAGUGCAAUCUGUGUGAGCUGUUUUUGGCUCCACUCAUCCAAGUAUUUAUCAUAUAGGGAUUCAUAAUGUGAAGGUACAUACUACUUAAAUAUUAUUUUGAAACCUAAGUUCAAAGAAGAGUCCUAUUUUGUCUGUUAUAUUUUGUUUAUUUCCACGCACAUUCUUUAUUUACCUGUUAAAAACACAUGAUUUGUGCUCUGUCCAGUACGCUCUUAGAAUAAUUAUAUUUUUCUUUAUGUAAUUAUGUUAAUAAUAACCUGUUAUUUACACUGUAUUAAGACAGUACUCGAGAUAGUUGGUGGCAGGCAGAAUAGUACUGUCUGUUUCAAUAGAAAGCUCCUAAAGAAAUAAUUACAUUUCUCUGAAAGGAGUUGCACUCGAAGGCACUUUGUCAAGGAGGGAGGGAGUCCGUCAGUAGUUCGGUCACUGUUGGAGGGGGAGUUGUUCUCUGCAUAGAAUAAGAAUUAUCCUUUUGAAUUAGAAUGAUCAUUCUAAUUCUGUGGUUCUCUGCUUCCACUUCAGGGAACUGGUAGAUGGAAGAAUGCUCUGAGCAAAGCCAGGCAGGCGUUAGUCGUUAGCAGCCGUGAAGCUAAUAGCCUGGUAGCUAUAAGUUGAUGUCAAUUUUCUUGGAGCCCUUCAUUUCCCUUUUGAUCUUCCUCUCCUUUGAUUUCUUCUCCUUUUUACUUAAAUAGGAAGAAUGUUUUCUAUUUGAUGUCUCUCUCAGCUGCACCGUUCUGUUCUAGCGGAUGAACCAGGAAUGUCCAUAUAGACUGACUACUAAGUAUGAGAUUCAUUGUCAUUCCUGACCGUCCCUUGCUCUCUCUCUCCUCGGUUGUUUCUCUACUCUAAGAUGUUAUCCCUCCCAGGACCUGUAUUCACAAAGUGUCUCAGAGUAGUAGGGCUGAUGUAGGAUCAAUCAUAAUGAAUGAAUAGGGACCCUGAUCCUAGAUCAGCACUCCUACUCUGACAAGCUUAAUGAAUAGGAGGCCAUGUUUUUAUUUAUUUAUUUAUUAACCUUUUAUUUAACUAGGCAAGUCAGUUAAGAACAAAUUCUUAUUUUCAAUGACGGCCUAGGAACAGUGGGUUAACUGCCUGUUCAGAACGACAGAUUUGUACCUUGUCAGCUCGGGGGUUUGAACUUGCAACCUUCCGGUUACUAGUCCAAUGCUCUAACCACUAGGCUACCCUGCCGUUUUGAACGGAGUUCAGUUUGAUUUCUAGCCAGCCAGCCAGUCAGUCAGCACUCCUCAUUUUGUAAUAACCAGAUUUACUUGAUGAUGUCAAAUAAGGAGGGCGUGAUGUCGAACCACUUAAACCAAAUCAAAUGCACAAUAGGGCUGUAUAUUUAAUACCUCUGACCCUGGCUGAAAUGGCACCCUAUUCCCUAUACAGAGUAAAAGUGCCCAUAGGCUUCUGGUCAAAUGUAGGGCACUAUAUAGGACUCUGGUCCAAAGUAGUGUAGGGAAUAGUGUGCCAUUUUGGAUGCAAGCCCUAUCUGUCCAGGAGACGUUUGUUUGACGAUUGUCUCAUAAAUAAUGAGGUAUCUAUCUGCUGUAAUUCACAUUUGUCUUCUACAGGAAUAAUCUAGGAUUAACAAAAUAGGUACCUGUAAUAUGAAAAUGUUGAGGAAAAUCCUGCAGUUCCUUACAGCGGUAUUGCCAGUGAGGUAUUGAGUUCCCUUGUUUCGAUACAUUUAUCAAACGGUUAGCGUGCCUAUAUUCUAGUCAAGUUUGAAGACAGUGGAUCAUGUUGAUAUUAAUUCAUGACAAGCAUGUUCUUUUAGUAGACUGUCUUAAUUGUUAUUUGGAGGGUGAGACUCAGCAGCGUUAUCUGGCUUUCUACCGUUUUUGAGAGAAAAAAAAUUAUUAAAAAAAAAUUUUUAUAUAUAUAUAUAUAUAUAUAACACACAUCAGUAUAUAUAUCUGCAUGAGUUUUUCUGUGAUAUGUCAGAUGAAAGCAGUCCAACAACGUAGCCUCACUCACAAAUGAUCAAGCUCUGUGUGUGAGUCAUUUUGCAUGAGAAAAGGAUGCCUAUAGAUGGUGCAGUGCUCUCCAACCCUGUUCCCGUAGAGCUACCCUCCUGUAGGUUUUCACUCCAACCAUGUUCCUGGAGAGAUACCCUCCUGUAGGUUUUCACUCCAACCAUGUUCCCUGGAGAGGUACCCUCUUGUAGGUUUUCACUCCAACCAUGUUCCUGGAGAGAUACCCUCCUGUAGGUUUUCACUCCAACCAUGUUCCUGGAGAGAUACCCUCCUGUAGGUUUUCACUCCAACCAUGUUCCUGGAGAGAUACCCUCCUGUAGGUUUUCACUCCAACCAUGUUCCUGGAGAGAUACCCUCCUGUAGGUUUUCACUCCAACCCCAGUUGAAACUAACCUGAUUCAGCUCAUCAAUUAGCAAUUUUUUUAAAAUCCGGUGUGCUAGAUUAGGGUUGGAGUGAAUGUACAGAACGGUAGCUAGAUUAGGGUUGGCGUGAACCUAAAGAACAGUAGCUCUCCAGAAACAGGGUUUGAGAGUCCUGGUCUAGUGACUCUAGUCUGUUACCUUCUCCUAUUCAUUUGUCUGCAGUCAGAUGAUGUAAAAGAAUAUAAACUCAGCAAAAAAAGAAACGUCCUCACUGUCAACUGCAUUUAUUUUCAGCAAACUUAACAUGUGUAAAUAUUUGUAUGAACAUAAGAUUCAACCACUGAGACAUAAACUGAACAAGUUCCACAGACAUGUGACUAACAGAAGUUGAAUAACGUGUCCCUGAACACAGGGACACGUUUAUAUCUGGUGUGGCCACCAGCUGCAUUAAGUACUGCAGUGCAUCUCCUCAUGACCUGCACCAGAUUUCCCAGUUGUUGCUGUGAGAUGUUACCCCACUCUUCCACCAAGGUACCUGCAAGUUCCCAGACCUUUCUGGGGGGAAUGGCCCUAGCCCUCACCCUAUCAUCCAACAGGUCCCAGACGUGCUCAAUGGGAUUGAGAUCCGGGCUCUUCCCUGGCCAUGACAGAACACCAACAUUCCUGUCUUGCAGGAAAUCACGCACAGAACGAGCAGUCUGGCUGGUGGCAUUGUCAUGCUGGAGGGUCAUGUCAGGAUGUGCCUGCAGGAAGGGUACCACAUGAGGGAGGAGGAUGUCUUCCCUGUAACGCACAGCAUUGAGAUUGCCUGCAAUGACAACAAGCUCAGUCCGAUGCUGUGACACACCGCCCCAGACCAUGACGGACCCUCCACCUCCAAAUCAAUCCCGCUCCAGAUUACAGGCCUCGGUGUAACAUUCAUUCCUUCAACGAUAAAUGUGAAUCUUACAUCCCCCCUGAUGAGACAAAACCGCAACUCAUCAGUGAAGAGCACUUUUGGCCAGUCCUGUCUGGUCCAGCGACGGUGGGUUUGUUCCCAUAGGCGACGUUGUUGCCGGUGAUGUCUGGUGAGGACCUGCCUUACUACAGGCCUACAAGCCCUCAGUCCAGCCUCUCUCAGCCUAUUGCGGACAGUCUGAGCACUGAUGGAGGGAUUGUGUGUUUCUGCUGUAACUUGGGCAGUUGUUGUUGCCAUCCUGUACCUGUCCCGCAGGUGUGAUGUUCGGAUGUAUCGGUCCUGUUCAGGUGUUACAUGUGGUCUGCAACUGCGAGGACAAUAAGCUGUUUAUUUUCCUGGCCACAUCUGCAGUCCUCAUGCCGUCUUGCAGCAUGCCUAAGGCACGUUCACGCACAUGAGCAGGGACCCUGUGCAUCUUUCUUUUGGUGUUUUUCAUAGUCGGUAGAAAGGCCUCUCUUUUUAGUGUCCUAAGUUUUCAUAACUGUGACCUUAAUUGUCUGUAAGCUUAGUGUGUUAAUUAACUACCGUUCCACAAGUGCAUGUUAAGCAUGGGAAACAGUGUUUAAACCCUUUACAAUGAAGAUCUGAUAUUAUUUGUAUUUUUAAGAAUUAUUGUUGAAAGACAGGGUCCUGAAAAAGGGGCAUUUCUUUUUUGCUGAGUUUACUAGGCCCAUACGUUCAUUAAAUAUCCCUUUCCUUUGCUAUAUACAGUUGAAGUUGGAAGUUUAAAUAAACCUAGUUUGGAGUCCAUUAACUUCUUGACUUCACCCAUCCCAUUAGCGGGAUCAUUUUCAUCAACACCCGCUGAAUUGUAGUGCGCCAAAUUCAAAUUAAAUGACUAAAAAUAUUUAAUUUUCGUGAAAUCACAAGUGCGAUAUAGCAAAAAAACAGUUUAGCUUGUUGUUAAUCCACCUGGCAUGUCAGAUUUCAAUACAGCUUUUCGGCGAAAGCAUAACAAGCGUUUAUGUAAGGACAUCUCCCUCAGUAGACAAAAUAUUACAAACACCCAGCAACCAAGUAGAUUGGUCACAAAAGUAAUAAAAGCAAUAGAUUAAAUUGCUUACCUUUGAUGAUCUUCGGAUGUUUGCACUCACGAGACUCCGUUACACAAUAAAUGUUCCUUUUGUUCCAUAAAGAGAAUUUUUAUAUCCCAAAUAACGCGCCAACCAAAUGGAGGUAUGUUCAGAAAUCCACAGGCUCGAGCGGUCAUGACAUCGCAGACGAAAAUUCCAAAUAGUAUCCGUAAUGGCCACAGAAACAUGUCAAAUGUUUUUUAUAAUCAAUCCUCAGGUUGUUUUUAAAAGAUAUAUAAUCAAUAAUAUAUCAACCGGGACUGUCGCUUUUUCAAUAGGAGAGGGAGAGACAAUGGCUGCCCCACUCUGUUGCGCAAGCAAAACUCUGCGAACACCGAGCUAUCCACUGACACGAUGUGAUCUUUCUCAUUCAUUUUUCAAAAUAAAAGCCUGAAACUGUCUAAAGCCUGUUGACACCUCGAGGAAGCCAUAGGAAAAGGAAUCUGGUGGAUAUCCCUUUAAAUGGAGGCAAGGCAUCCAAUGGAACAGAGAGCUUUCAGGAAAAACAGCACUUCCUGGUUUGAUUUUCCUCAGGUUUUCGCCUGCAAUAUCAGUUCUGUUAUACUCAAAGACAAUAUUUUGACAGUUUUGGAAACGUUAGUGUUUUCUAUCCUAAUCUGACAAUUAUAUGCAUAUUCUAGUUUCUGGGCCUGAGAAAUAGGUUUCAAAUGGGUAUGUUUUUUUGCCAAAAAUGAAAAUCCUGCCCCCUACACUCAAGAAGUUAAAACUCUUUUUUUUUCAAACACUCCACGAAUUUGUUAACGAACUGUAGUUUUGGCAAGUCGGUUAGGACAUCUACUUUGCAUGACAAGUCAUUUUUUCCAACAAUUGUUUAGACAGAUUAUUUCACUUAUAAUUCACUGUAUCACAAUUCCAGUGGGUCAGAAGUUUACACUAAGUUGACUGUGCCUUUAAACAGCUUGGAAAAUGUCCUCUGGUCUGAUGAAACAAAAAUGGAACUGUUUGGCCAUAAUGACCAUCGUUAUGUUUGGAGGAAAGAGGGGGAUGCUGGAAAGGCGAAGAACACCAUCCCAACUGUGAAGCACUGGGUGGCAGCAUCAUGUUGUGGGGGUGUUUUGCUGCAAGAGAGAUGGGUGCACUACACAAAAUAGAUGGCAUAAUGAGGGAGGACAAUUAUGUGGAUAUAUUGAAGCAAGAUCAAGGCAUCAGUCAGGAACUUAAAGCUUGAUCGCAAAUGAGUCUUCCAAAUGGACAAUGACCCCAAGCAUACUUCCAAAGUUGUGGCAAAAUGGCUUAAGGACAACAAUGUCAAGGUAUUGUAGUGGCCAUCACAUCGCCCUGACCUCGAUCCCAUAGAACAUUUGUGGGUAGAACUGAAAAAGCUUGUGCGAACAAGGAGGCCUACAAACCUGAUUCAGUUACACCAGCCCUGUCAGGAGGAAUGGGCCAAAAUUCACCCAACCUAUUGUGUGAAGCUUGUGGAAGGCUACCCAAAACGUUUGACCCAAGCUAAACAAUUUAAAGGCAAAGCUACCAAAUACUAAUUGAGCGUAUGUAAACUUCUGACCCACUGGGAAUGUGAUGAAAGAAAUGAAAGCUGAAAUAAAUCAUUCUCUCUACUAUUACUCUGACAUUUCACAGUCUUAAAACAAAGUGGUGAUGCUAACUGACCUAAGACAGGGAAUUUUUACUAUGAUUAAAUGUCAGGAAUUGUGAAAAAACUGAGUUGAAAUGUAUUUGGCUAUGGUAUAUGUAAACUUCUGACUUCAACUGUAUCAAAUGGCAUCCUAUUUCCUAUAGAUUGUACUACAGGGCUCUGGUCAACUAGAGGGGUGGUCAAAUAUAGUGGACUAUAUAGAGAAUAGGGUGCUCAAAAUUCCACUACGUAGGAAAUAGUGUUCAAUUUGGGACGUAUACCAUUUUUUGUUUAGGGACCAACUGAAAUAUCUUUGGGAGACAUAGUAGUUUAAAUCAAGCUACAGUAUUUCUAUGCAGUGAACUGGGUGUUGGGAUACAGGGGAAUUAAUAAAUACUGAAAAGAGUUGCACAUUGCAAAUUGAUUGUUAAAAUGAAAGUUCAAGUUUUGCUUUUCUAAUUGUGUUGAUUUGUAUUUUAUGAGUGUUGAUAUUCAAAAAUAAUGUGGUUUACAUUUUAAUACUUGAAUAAAAAAAUGUUUUGUUCUGUUUGGUA